AUGAAUUUUAAAAGUCUUCUUUUGUCCUUUUUCCUGGUCUUCGCGGUUGGACUCGCUCUGGUCCACGCCGAGGAGACUAAGGAGCCACGGGGCCCAAAGAUCACAAGCAAGGAAGAAUCGUGCUUGGAUUGUACGGCAAGACUGUCCCUAAGCGCUCUCGCUACCGGUGAGAAGGGCUUCGGUUACGAGGGCUCUACGUUCCACCGUGUCAUCAAGAGCUUCAUGAUCCAGGGCGGUGACUUCACCCGUGGUGACGGUACUGGUGGAAAGUCGAUCUACGGCGAGAAAUUCGCGGAUGAGAACUUCAAGCUUAGGCACACCCGCAAGGGCCUUCUGAGCAUGGCAAACGCUGGCAAAGAUACCAACGGCUCUCAGUUCUUCAUUACCACCGUUCCUACUCCAUGGCUCGAUGGUCGCCAUGUUGUUUUUGGUGAGGUUCUUGAGGGCUACGAGAUUGUGGAACAGAUCGAAAAUGUUCCCAAGGGUCCUGGCGACAAGCCUGCGGAGACCGUCAAGAUUGUCAAGAGUGGAGAGAUCAAGGACGAAUCCACCAAAGGUAGCCACGAGGAGCUGUAG